AUGGCCUCCUGUUUUAUGUGUGGGACAGGCAUGAAACAAAAUACUGAAAAUGAAGGAGGAAGCAAGGUGAAGAUUUUUUCCUAUCGUGAGAUGAGGAAUGCUACACAUGAUUUUAGUGGGGCAAAUAAGAUUGGUGAGGGCGGUUUUGGCUCUGUUUUCAGGGGAAAGCUUAAAGAUGGAACAAUUGUCGCGGUGAAGGUCCUUUCUGUUAGUUCAAGGCAGGGUAUCCGAGAGUUUGUAACUGAACUUACAGCAAUUUCAGAUAUUGUACAUGAAAACCUAAUUACCUUGGUUGGUUGCUGUGCCGAAGGGUCUCAUAGGAUUCUUGUGUACAAUUAUCUUGAGAACAAUAGUCUUUCAUAUACACUUAUAGGUUCAGGCCAGAGCAACAUCCGAUUCAAUUGGAGAGCCCGUGUCAAAAUUGCUGAUCUUACCCCAAAGAUUUCUGAUUUUGGGUUGGCAAGGCUCCUCCCGCCCAAUGCAACUCAUGUGAGCACUAAGGUUGCAGGAACAAUAGGAUACCUGGCUCUUGAAUAUGCUGUCAGGGGACAAGUGACAAAGAAAUCAGAUAUCUAUAGUUUUGGUGUUGUGCUACUGGAAAUUGUUACUGGUAGAUGUAACCACAAUAGUAGAUUGCCUCAUGGAGAUCAAUUUCUGCUUGAGAGGACAUGGACAUACUAUGAGCAAAGAAAACUAGAGGAGAUCAUAGAUGCUGAAGUAGGGGAGGACCUGAACGUUGAAGAGGCAUGCCGUUUCUUGAAGGUUGGUCUACUAUGCACCCAAGACGCGAUGAAACUGCGUCCAAACAUGGCCAACAUUGUCCUAAUGCUGACAGGAGAGAAGGAAGUCUCCAUGGACAGGGUCACCAAACCAGCCGUGAUCGGUGACCCAUACCUCAAUGGAAACAACGAUCAGAGACCAAGCAAUGCAGACUCUACCACAUUGAGAUCCUUUGCCACGACAGAACCUUUAACAUCAUCAGAAGCAAACACAGAGUGGUCUCUGUGA